UCAUAAUAAUUUUGACUAGUUGACGAUGACGAUACGAAGUCGCUUGUCGAAAAUUUUCCUGCUAGGCCCACUGAUAUAAACAUGAUAGGCAUGCAUAUGUGACUUGUAAUUAACAAGGAUGUUAUCAUAUUGUGAGUAAGAUGUUAAUUAACGUAUAAUGUAACAAGUAAUAAAUUGAUGCGUUAAAUGGCAUUGUAAUGUUGAUCGUAAUCAAAUGGACAGUCGACUUCGCACAAGAUGCGCGUAAACAUCGCACUUUGUUUUCUGACGACUGGCUUGUUUAUUGCAGUAUCGGCUCAGAAUCCUAUCCUAGCGGAACAAUCAACAACCGAAACAACCGAAACGACAUCAAAAAAUUGUAUUACGUCUAGGGGAGACGGCGGCAGCUGUGUGGGACGGAACCGCUGUGACUACGGUACUCAGUACAUCGACUUCACACUCUACGUACCACAUGGUUACAUCAAACAAUGUCUCGAAGACGAAGUGUGCUGUCCGCCUAACUUCGUGACACCCGAACCUGAGCGAUUGUUUACACCUUCUGACGAUUACGAUUUUGAUGAUGAUGAUUAAUGAUCUCAAUAAAUUGAUAGACGAUUGGUUGAAAAUGACAACUUUUGUUUCGUUACGAUAUAAACGCGGCUGUUAUUACGUGACUUAAUUCUGUCUAUAUUAUUACUUCGAAUUCACACCACCGUUACCAUCAGCGCCAAAAAUGUCAAAUUCAAAUAGGCACAAAAUGCGACGUCGUAUAGCCAGUCUGUAGAGGUCAAUGUGAUUAAUUUAAAAUCGAUUUUUUUUUAGUAACACUGGCCAUAAAUUCAA